CAAAACCUUGGCUUGCAGCCAGGGCCCACAACCUUGGCCCACGGCCUUGUUCUCUUUUCCAGUAAAUAGCCUUGUUCUCCAUUAAUCAGUUGAUUCCUCCCUUAGAGUACGUCAGGGCCCCUGUGUUCAGAGUGCGUCGGGGUCCCUGUGUUCUGAUUGAUAUGAUUACUCACUAUUCACUUCUUUGUUCUCAUUCUCUAUUUAAACUCAUGCUUGUGCUUCAAUAAAUGAGACUUGAUCAGAGCCCUGUCUUGUCUCCAUUUCUCUUGUCACUUGCCUCAUCCACAUCCCCACUCCCCAAUCCAGGUACUUCAUGGCAGUUUCCGCAGGUCGGAACCGAGUCAUAUUGGUGCCCAACAUGGGGCCUGGAUACUGGGGACAACGUGAGGGACAUGACGGAGGAAAAAGGGGUGCGCACCCGCUCAAAUAAUUCAGAGACGUCAUGGGAGCCUGCCGCAACCGAGCUGAAGACUGCAAUGGCCUCCACUUGCUGCAUCCUGCUCCUCUUGAUUGGUCCCGUUUGGUCGCAGAUGGUGUUACAGUGGGAAUUCCAAGUUAAAGAGGGAAAAACAUACUCUGAUGACAACAUGCAAAUCAUCGGCACCAUCCGCUGCCCAGUGAAGGGUUGUCAAACAACCGUCAUCAUUCCAUUCGCUCCGUCUAUUUUAUCCUCUAAAUCGAGAUCUAAUAUAUGUUUCACUUAUAAUAGACGCAGGUGCCUUAUAGAAAGUAAUGAUAAGGGUCAAUUCAUAAUUCGUGUAAAUGACCCUUGGGAUGACAGGUGACAGAAGGGAGUUUGAGGAAGAGUUUUUGAAAAUAAUGGGUUUGCUUUACUCCCGGCGGGGUUUUUAAAUAUUUCCCGCCAGCUGGUCCCUGCUACCAUUGAUAAACAAGUAAGACAGGUUAUUAUCAUGAGUGAGACUAAGCUUCAGUCUGCCAUACAGUCAAACUCCACCUUCAAUCUUGCCCUUUGGCCCAAUUAUUUAAAUUUUGCUCUACAAUUGAUGAAUCUUUCUAAUAUCAAUACUUCAUCAUGUUUGUUAUGUGCCUCUUUGGUUCAGCCUUUAUUGACCGCUGUCCCUGUUAACAAUCCCUUUGCACUCAGUACUGAUACCGCUGGCACUGCACCUUCUCCCCCCAUGUCGUCAAUUCCAUUGCUUCGUAAUCCUGCUCAAAAUAUUUCCCUCUGUUAUAUCACUACUACCUACAUUUCCCCCUCCUUUGUAUGUCAUAGUAAUCGCUUUGUCAGUUCACCUCUUUAUGCUCCCCCUCUAGUGUCUUUCUGGUGCAAUGGAUCCUUGUAUCAACAGAUCACUACUUCCUCUCCAGGACCCUGUGUAUUAAUUACUAUUGUACCCCAACUAAACAUGUAUUCGCCAGAGGAGUUCGCCUGGCUACUCCGCCCACACAUUAAGAGAGGAGUGUUCAUUCCUUUUGCAAUCGGGAUAGGAUUUACCAUCUCUGCCAGCCUUUCUGCAGGGGCCUUAGGACAUACUCUCUAUACUGCAAAGGAAUUCAAUUCCCAAUUACAACAAGUCAUAGAAUCCACAGCCAGUAGCCUUGCGUCCUUGCAACGCCAGCUAACUUCCUUGGCACAAGUUGCCCUUCAAAACCGUAGAGCCCUUGAUCUUAUUACUCCUGAAAAGGGGGGAACUUGUCUUUUCCUACAGGAGGAAUGCUGUUUCUAUGUCAACGAAUCAGGAUUGGUGGAGCAAAAUAUACAGACCCUGCAGACCAUCAGCUACAAGCUGCAUAAUUUUUAUCAAAGUCCUUCUAGAUGGCUGGAUUCCCCUUUCCUUUCUUGGAUUCCCUCCAUGAUUCCAUCCCUCAUUAUCCUCCUACUUCUUCUUACACUAGGGCCAUUGUUAGUGAAACAGCUGUUGGUCUUUAUUAAGCAGCAAAUAGAGGUUCUCCAUGUGGCUAAACCCAUACAGGUCCAUUACCAUCGCCUUGAUCAUAUGGAUCAUGAGUUGAUAGGGACAUGUUGCUAGAUGGCACUACUAGCCAUCCCCCUUGAGAGAUGAACUGGACAGUCAAAGAUGGGUACGUGAGAAUCCCCCCUUGUUGGCAAC